UUCUAACAUACAUCACGUCGAUGGGCGGCCGUCACUCCAGCCAGCCUAAAAGAGGGCGGGCAUCACCUGCCAUCUCCCACUGUCUGCCCUCUCGCUGCCACCACCACCACCCUCGUCGCCGUCGCCGUCGCCAGCAUCGGCCAUGAUCUCCACAUCGAGGCCCCCCUCCCUGCAAAGUGUAGCUACGGAGGAUCCCCUCUCUGCCAUCAUGCGUCCCCCGCCGGCGGAGUCCUCCGAGAACCGCCUGGCGCGUCUCCAGCGCGAGGCCAACGCGAAGAAGAUCAGCGACAGCAUCGACGAGGCCAUCAAGCAGGACAGGGAGCGGUUGAAGAAGCGCAAGGAGGAUGUCAAGCUUCUCCUUCUCGGUCAGGCCGAGUCAGGCAAAUCCACGCUCCAGAAGCAGUUCCAACUCAUAUACAACCCGGCAUCUCUCGACGAAGAGCGACUCUCAUGGCGAGUCGUAAUCCAAUAUAACAUCGCGCUCGACUUGUAUGCCGAGGGAGACUCGGAUGAUGACGUCGCGGAGAAGAUGAACCUUGCCUACGGCACGCCGGAGAUCCGCAUCAGGAAUGCCGACAAGAGCGAGAAACUGGGAAGAAACGCGGACGCGAGUGCGAGCCGGGAGACCCUGCAACCGUCCCGUCCCGUCCCGUCCAUGGAUCAGCAGCUAGCAACUCUCCGGCUUCGCCUGUCACCGCUUGUCCAACUCGAGUCGCAGCUCGCUGACCGCUUAGGCGGCGUAUCGGUGUCUGGCUCCGGCAAAGGCAGCGUGAUGGUGCGCUCGGGUUGGCAAGCACGAACCUUCGGUCUCACAUUCGGCAAGGCAAGAGAACGGACUAGCAGCUCGAGGGGUCGCUUUAGCUUCACGGGCCAACGCAGCGCGCUCGAGAACGCCCCGAUCGAGCGAAAGAGUAUGGAUGUGGACGGCUCGGAGUACCCGGUAGUGGAGAAGGACAAGCUCGUGGAAGAGGUUGCAAUGGUUCUCAACUCAUGUAAGGACGACGUCCGGGAACUGUGGCGACAUCCCGCCGUGAAGCGGCUGCGAGAGAACCGGAAACUGCGGCUAGAAGAGUGGGCUGAAUACUUUAUGGAUAACAUCGCUCGCGUCUCCUCACCAGGAUACAUCCCCAUAACCGAUGACAUCCUUCACGCGCGAAUACAGACCAUGGGAGUCGCAGAGCACAUCUUUGACGUGCCGCUCCAUGGCCGCAAUGGACAGAGACACACAUGGGUCCCGUACUUCGAUGACGCCACCGCUAUUAUUUUCCUGGCGCCGGUCAGCGCAUUCGAUCAGUACCUGAGCGAGGACCCCCGGACAAACCGUAUAGACGACUCAUUGCAGCUCUUCAAACAGAUAUGCUCAAAUCCGCUGCUCAAACAAGCACAUCUGGUUCUCUUUCUUAAUAAGGCGGAUGUCCUUGCUGAGAAGCUUGCCCGGGGGGUCAGAGUUAAGAAAUACAUCACGUCCUACGGCGACCGGCCAAAUGAGGUCGACGCGGUUGUAUCAUACUUCAAGGCACACUUCACACAAGUGCAUACACGUAACAACGAGGGCAAGCGUGUGCUCUAUACCCACCUAACAAGCGUCGUGGACACGAAGGCGAUGCAGAGCAUCAUCUCCAAUGUGCGCGACUCGAUAUUCCGCGAUUACCUCAAGUCCGCUGCGCUCGUGUAAUCCCGGCUCCGCCCUCUCCCUGCAUUCAACCCUGUAUCCACCGCACAAACACACUGUGGCAUACCCGCCAAGCCACUUAUCCACGCUUCCCGCCUAUCUUAUCGCCUUCCCCUUCGCCGCCAUGUUGUUUUCGUACUCUGAUUCUUUUCCACUGUCCUGCUCCGUCAUAACUGUUAGCGUCUCGUUGUAAUUUUCUCUUCUCGGUGCCAUACAAGC